AUGGCAGACUUCGAGUCUUUCAUACCAGCUCUUCACCGACCGACCUCGCUUCUACCAAUUGUUCGCCACAAGGAAGCUCUUCUCUAUACGGUCGAGAAGCACCAAGUGACAGUCCUCAUCGGGCAGACUGGCAGCGGAAAGACGACUCAAUUGCCGCAAUACCUAGAGCAGGCAGGAUGGUGCAACGACGGGAAAGUCAUUGCUCCACGAAGAGUGGCCGCCACGACCGUAGCCAAGCGGGUAUCGGAGGAGAUGAGAUGUCAACUUGGACAGCAAGUCGGCUACUCCAUUCGAUUUGAGGAUGUCUCGUCUGCCACGACUAGGAUCAAAUUCUUGACUGACGGAUUGCUCUUACGAGAGGCGCUUGUUGACCCGCUACUGUCGAGAUACAGUGUGAUCAUGGUCGACGAAGCCCACGAACGUAGCCUGAGUUCAGAUGUACUACUCGGCGUCUUGAAGAAAGUUUGCAAGCGAAGGCCAGAGCUGAGGAUCAUAGUCAGCUCCGCGACAUUGGACGCAGAGCAGUUCCUGAACUUCUUCUCGGGGACCAACUCCGAGGAUACGACUACCGAAUACAACUCCAUCGGACAGAUCAUCUCCAUAGAAGGCCGCACGCACCCUGUCGACAUUCACUACAUGACGGAGCCCUGCGAAGAGUACCUCCAACGAGCCGUCAAGACCAUUUUCGACAUUCACUCGUCUGAGCCAGAAGGAGACAUCUUGGUGUUCUUGACGGGCAGAGACGAGAUCGAGACGAUCACCGAAAUGAUCGCUAAUCGGCUACCGUCCUUACCAGACGGCUCGGAGAAGAUCCUGCCACUCCCUCUCUACGCAGGUCUCACUACAGAGCAACAGAUGUAUGUCUUCGAGCCAGCGCCCGAUAACACGCACAAAGUCAUCUGUGCGACCAACAUCGCAGAAGCAAGCGUCACGAUCGAUGGCAUCAUCUAUGUGAUCGACUGUGGUUUUGUCAAGCUACGAGCGUUCAAUCCAACAACGGGCAUCGAGACUUUGACAGCGACGCCUGUCUCCAAGGCUUCUGCAGCACAACGCGCUGGCCGAGCUGGACGUACGAAGCCCGGCAAAUGUUACCGACUAUACACUGAAGCAGCAUACAACUCUCUUGACGACGUUACAGUGCCUGAGAUCCAGCGAUCGAACCUGGCUCCAAUGAUCCUCCAAUUGAAGGCACUCGGUAUCGACAACAUCGCACGAUUCGACUUCAUCACACCGCCGCCAGCAGAGUUGAUCAUUCGCGCCCUUGAGCUCCUCUUCUCACUGGGAGCGCUAGACGACUAUGCAAAGCUCACAAAGCCAAUGGGGACACGAAUGGCCGAGCUCGCAUUAGAGCCCAUGCUAGCGAAAUGUCUCCUUUCCGCAACAUCUUUCGGGUGUCUCUCUGAAAUGCUGACCAUUGCGGCCAUGGUCAGUCUGCAAAGCAGUGUGUGGUUCACACACGACACCAAGAAAGCCGAAGAGACUGCGAGAAGAAAGUUCGCCGUCGAAGAAGGCGAUCAUCUGACACUCCUGAAUGUUUACCAAGCGUUUGUCACAAAAGGCAAGAAAGAUUCAAAGUGGUGCCAGCAGCACUAUCUGAACUUCAAGUCGAUGAGUCGGGCGGUCAGUAUUCGCAACCAGCUCAGGCGAUAUCUCGAGCGCUUCGGCAUCGAUGUGACGGAGUCGCUGGGUGGGAACGAUGUGUUGCGAGCUGGAGGGAGGCCAAAGGAAGAGUCGAUCAGACGUUGCCUCACUAGUGGCUACUUCGCGCACGCUGCUCGAAUGAUGCCAGAUGGAACGUUCAGGACUGUGGACGGCGGCACGGUUCUGCAUGCUCAUCCAUCCUCUCUGAUGUUCAAUCGGAAGGCGGAUUGGGUCAUCUUCACAGAGGUCAUGGAGACGGGAGACAAGACGUUCAUCCGGGACGUGACCAAGAUCGAGAAGGCGUGGUUGCUGGAGUACGCGCCUGAGUUCUAUAGAGUCAAGUCGUAG